ACUUCCGGUAUCAGGAUGAAUGAUGUAGAACCAGACAAGAAAUACAUAAAAUCUGCAUCUAUCUCGUUAACUAGCUGCAGGAUAAUUUCGUAAAUCCCACAGUUAUUUCCUAACAGAGUUAUAAUGUAUUCAAUUUUGAACGUAUUUGUUUUUUUUCCGGUAAAAUAGCCAUGUUUUUACUGCUAACGAGGCUAGCUAGCUAGCAGCGGUGCUAACGUGAAUGACAGGGAUUGAAAUGGUGCAGAACAUGUUUCGGACCGGGUUUCUUGUUCGGGCCACGCACACACUGCUCACCUGGGUCAUCACCCUCGUACUGUUCCUGCACAACACAGAUUUGCGGAAGUGUGAGGAACGAGGGGAGCUGCUGCUGCCCAUUCUGUUCUUCCUUGUGGUCGUGCUGUCGGUGCUCUUAUACUUUGCUGUUUCUUUAAUGGAUCCUGGCUUUGUUCUAACUGACAAUGUCAAGGGUUCAGAUGAAGAAAUGGAGUCAAUGAUUCCUCAGUCCUCAACCCCUCGGCUGCGUCGCUGUGGAUACUGCCUGCUGCAGCAGCCAAUGAGAGCGAAGCACUGUCAGACGUGUAAGCGCUGCGUUCGUCGCUUCGACCACCACUGUCCCUGGAUCGAGAACUGCGUGGGAGAGAGGAACCAUCGUUGGUUCAUCGUCUACCUGCUGGUGCAGCUGCUCGCUCUGCUCUGGGCGCUUCACAUCGCUCUGUCUGGCAUCUCGCCCAGCAUCACAUGGGAGCUGUGGUUCAGAGUAAACGGGUUCCUGCUGGCGGCGCUGGCCUUCGUCAGUAUCUUCUCCAUGGUGGUGCUGCUGCUGCUGGGCUGCCACCUCUACCUGGUCUCCAUCAACUGCACCACCUGGGAGUUCAUGUCGCGUCACAGGAUCUCGUACCUGAAGAACUGCGGAGACGAGGAGAACCCGUUUGACCGCGGCGUCCUCUGCAACCUGUGGGAUUUCUUCUGCAUCUGCAGGACGGUGGUGUGGGAGCAGACGUACAACGACAGAAGCACCACGCAUUCUGUCUGACCUACAACCAGACGCCACGUCACUACCUACACCCGAGUCAGACGCUUCUUUCAGGGAGAGAAAAUAAUUUUCUUAACCUCAGUAGCAGAGAUUUUUUUAAUUUCCUUUUUGGGUAAAAGUUUACAACUGAAUUGAACCACAAAAUGUUUCCUAACUACCUGCUAAAGUUCACAUACAGUGCUAACAAGGCAUUAAGCAAAUCACUGAGCUGGUUUAAGCCUAAGCUUUGUUUAUACCAGCGCAAGACACCAUGGCAUGGGCCUCGGUAGAUGGCAUGCAAGCUAUGAGCAUGCACUGAGGUGUUAAAGCUCAAUGUGCUGUUGGCUGCAAUAUGCUCCAAAACACUGGGUGACACACCAACAAAAUAUUCUGUGGAUAAGCAAGAAGUCUUAACAGCGAUCUCAUGUGCCUCCACACCCUGCAAUGAAAUGUCUUUCCCAGGUGUGUUGGCUGUUUCCAAAAACAUAAAGCCAUUAGAUGACUGUCCCUGUGGUCUCUCAGUGAAGAGUCGUUAUUAGAGAUCAGUAGAGAUGUCAGUACAGGCCAAUCUCCUUGGUCAGAACUGAAAAGCGAGGUGGGCUCCUAGUAACAGAAACUCAGAGGUGCAUGACCAAACAUCGUAACAACUUUUUAAGCCCUUGUGGUCGAUGCACAAAGGAUGAUUAUGUCAUUUUCUGGCAUGCAAAGGUCGCACCUGGGACACUAAGGCGAGUAUGAAACACAAAACAAAAACACCCCGUCUGUUUUUCAGUCAGUUCACCACUUGACUGAAAUAACUCAAAAACUUUUAGAUGGGCUGCCAUUAAAUUUUGCACAAUUGUUCAUGUUCCUCAGAGGAAGAAUCCUUUUUAGGGCUGUCCCCAAAUCAGGAUUUUUCAAAGUCAACUCACUUCAGAGUGAGUUGAGCCUGCACUGGAAGUUCUUUUUCAGAGUUGAUGCGUUGCUUAGAAAACAAAUAUUUUAAUUUAUAGACAUAUUUAAAGAUCGAUUUUUCUCUGUGAGGAUAUUUUUACCUUCGUUGGACAAUUUGACAGUGAUGAGGUAGACAGGAAAUGGUAGAAAAAGACUGGGCCAUGACAUGCAACAAAGGUAAUAGUAACUGGACUGAACCGGCGACAUUGCAGUUAUGCGACACACCCAAACCACUUAGCUACCAAGGCUCUCUGCAUAUGUUUGUUAUUGUAAACAUUAUUACUGCUGUUUUGUUUUCGAUACAACUUAACUACAAAUAUGGUAAAUAUUUUAUGCGCUCUGCUGUGCACUUAAGCCCUGUUUCCAUCAAACACUUUCAGUAUAGUACCUUUGGAACCCCCAUCAGACAUGGUACCUAGACCCAAGUGUUUCCACCACAAACAGUCCUCUGAAAUGUGGGCAGGGUUGUUGUCACUCACUGCUCCGUCCAGCGCUCACUGUAUUUCCUCCUUUAACUGUCAGCACCUAGUUUAUCCACAGAACGAGGCUGCACACCAACAUUCAUCAAUAAAAACUAAAAGUGAUGGUCAAAGUUGUCACAGUGAAAUUUAAGGUGUGCUGAUGGAUUCACGUCAUCAACUCAUGCAUUGAGUAACAUUACAAGUUAACGUUCCACCUUAAAAGUCACCGGCAGUCGGCCCAGUGAAUGAAGUUAUUUUUUCUCAGACUCCAGCUGCUGUGAGAGGCAGCAAAACAUCCUUUCAUUUUAUAGUUACAGUUUACUAAUAAAACUCUCCACAGUAUGAACAGUGGUUACAUGAGCCUCAAAACCAGACACAACUCAGCCCUGAGCAGAGUGAGCGUCCUGUACUGACCAAUCAGACUGCAGUGUUCACAGCUCCACCUUUUAGUACCAGAUCUGUGUGCUAGGUACCCCAACAGAGGGGGGACCAAACAUGGGGACAGUACAGAACGGUUCCAUUGGUACCAUCCAGUGGAAACGGAAAAAAAGUACUGAACUGAACUGUACCGGUACUGCUCAGUGGAAAUGGGGUUUUAGUGUCACUUCAGCACACUUGCAGAGCAGCCGCCAUGUCCUACAACAGCCUACCCAUUUUGUUUUACCUUUAAGACUCAUGUUUUAAGCUUCUAUUCAUUAUUGCGAUGUGCAAAAAUCAGAUUUACACCCAGUCAGAAAAUUAAAAAGUGUCCAUCCUGCUCGUAGUUCAGUUAACAAAAUCCAAGCGUAUUUAUAAUCUAGGCUCAAUCUGACCUGAUUAAGAGUAAAUAAGGCAAAGAAUCGACAUUAUGUGCUCAUUUUUGGUUCUUCACACUUUGAUUCUGUGGACAAAAAAGGAAAUGAGGUUUCACAAUGAGUAUUUGUCUGGUGGAUGGUAAUAUUUGCAGAUAAUUCCUUAAUAUUUACUUAAACCCUGUGGACUGAAAAAAUCUGAACUCUGGAUUACAGACACCAGAGGCAACAAGACUAAACGGUGAUAUGGUGAUAGUUGAAUGCAUUCAAAUGUUUUGUUAAAAUGAAGAUGAUUUGAUUCAAACAUUUGUUUCCUCAGGUCUGGUCACCACUUUCUCUUCUGUAAAUGUUUCUGCUGUUGCCUGGUGAGAGUGGUGACCUCCGUAUUACAACACUAACUGCCUUUACGUCUGGUUUGAUUCAUGUCUUGUGCCUUUGGUUUCAUGUGACUGCUGUAAGUGAUUAUUUUUAUUGUUAAUAAUGAACUAUAAGAUAAUCUUCACACUGGGAGCCAAAUAUUUUACAAACAUUUUUUUUACUGUAUUUGUUCUGUUUGUAUUUAUUGACAACGAGAGUACAUUAAAACACUGAUGAUAUGCAUAUUGUUAUAGAGUACAUCUGUACAGAGUGACAUUCUGAGUCAGGAUGCUUCACAUACAUACAGUACAUACAUACAUACAUAAAUACAGUACUGACACAUAAUAACAUGUAAUAUUCAGCAGCAUGAACUUAAAGUGCUACAGCAGCUAAAUCAACACGGCUGGUUGUCCUGGUACAUUUAUUAGCUGACAAUCUCGUAUCCACAGCAGGUGGAAGGUUCAAUGACUUGCUCGGGGACACUUCAGCAGGACACGUGGCUGUAAAGGGACACUGGCCCCUUUUUAAUUUAACCCUUUCAGUUUCAGGACAGAUUUUCUGUUAGUUUAAAGAGCAACUUAACACCUGUCACAGCUUGAACAUGUCUUUCUUUAUGUAUGGAAGUAAAUAAAUGACAAAGGAACUGAGCGAACAGUAAAUUUAAGACUUUUAAGGACAUUUUUAAUGCCACUUAAAGUGAAAUUUAAGACCAAACUUGCAAUGGAUAUGAACAAUGUGCAGGGUCGCUAGCAAGACCUUAGUAUAAUGAUGCCUGAACGACUCGAGAGGGCAUUUAUAGGGGCAUUGCUCGUGACUUAAAAACAUUUAGGAGCCAUCCACUCUAAAUUAAAAAUGGUUUAAUACUUUUUAAGGACCUGUGAGCAUCCUGAGUUUCAUUUGCAAAUGACAACGAACCAUGAGCACAACAGAUGUUCUGGGUUUUUUUUCAAAGUUGCUCAUUCUCACGUUUGGGAAUCUGAUACAGGAAAGGGAUACCAGACGCAAAGAUGGCACCCAUGAGCUUGAAUUAAAAUGGCUCAUCUUGCUCAUUCAUUCAUUUCAUUGAUUCAGGCAGGGUUCACCCUGGACAGGUCACCAGACUAUCACAGGGCUGACACAUAGAGACAGACAACCAUUCACACUCACACCUACGGACAAUUUAGAGUCACUAAUUAACCUGCAUGUCUUUGGACUGUGGGAAGAAGCUGGAGUACCUGGAUAAACCCACGCUGACACAGGGAGAACAUGCAAACUCUGCACAGAAGGCCUGCCCCACCCCUGGGUUUGAACCAGGAACCCUCUUGCUGUGAGGCAACAGUGCAAACCACUGUACCACCGUGUUGCCAGUCAUGUUUCAUAUAUUUGCAUGUCAGCAUGACAGAGACAUUUUACCAGUGUACAAGUAGUCAUGACCCCUGCAUGUGGAUAUGUGUGCAUGGCUGAAGUUUUCUAUUCACAGAAAUGUCUGUGACCUCAAUGUACUCAGGAUCAGCCAAAACAUUUGGAAAGCAAAUUGAGACAGCAGACACAGAAAGAAGGGUUAGGUGCUCAAAACUGAUCUUACUCUUAUAUGUUGACUUGCUUUUUCAGUCGUCCAUCUUAGUUUUCAGUGUAAUUGUUUAAACUGGAGGUCAAAUGCUUGAGUCUGGCUACUAGCCUAUCUGUUGCACAAUCUCUUCAAAUUACUACAAACAAGAAAUUUGGCUUCAGUUCUAGUGCAUUGCCUUGUACUCUGGGGGCAUAGAGUAUAUGAUAACACCACAAGUUAUUUUUGGUCUGUAUGACUAUUGCCAUGAACAUGAAAGACUGAGACUCGAUCAGUUAAUACAAUAAUAAAAUGAAUAUUUGCUCUUAAAAGUGGAUUGUGUUAAGUUACUCUUUAAAGUCCAAUAUCUUAAUAUAGUGCCCGAUAGCUCCCUCUCUGAUGCUUUUAAACUCAGCUGUGAGUUUAAAAAUAUCAAAAAAAUGAGCUGAGAGGAAAUUCAACAAAAUCAGGGCAUUCAUCUUAAAGCUUCGUCCCUGCCGCUCCUCUUUUUCCUCUUCUUUUAUUGCACUGACAUCAUUAGAGCUCGAGUAUCACAGAAUAUGAUUUUGCUAAAUUCAAAAUACAGAUAUUUUCUGACUAUUUAUGGCUAUAUUAAAUUCUCUAUGGCUUCUCUUAUAUAUAUCGCUAGCAUUUACAGGAUCUCUAGUGCACAAGUUCACCACGGUGCCAUGCACUUCUACUGUCGUAACAGAAAAAAAAAAAACAGGUGGAGACUGAUAUGUGUGAAUGUGUCUUUGCUUUACGAGGGAAUGACUUGACAAGUACGUGAAAUAUUUCCAUGUUUUAAAAAAGGUCUGUAACCAGAAAUUGGGUUAGCUUGUUUCAUUUGUUUGGUCAAGGCAGUGGGCGAAGCCUGUCACAGUGAUGCAUAGAAACGGCAGCACGUACUGUACAUAAUUAUUAUAAAUUAAUAUAAUAAGCAAAGGCCACAAAGCAAGCUGAAUCUGUCUCCGACACACGGGAUGCUUGAAGAGGCUAUCACUGAGUUUUAAUGCCAAUAAGUACAUUUAUAGUUUGCUAAAAAUGGCAAUAAUGGCUGAAAAGCUGUGGUUUCAGUUGCUGCAGUUAGCAUUAGUCAAGUCAGUUAACACAUGUCAAGUCAGUUUCAUCUAACAUGUUAAAGGCUAACCGUUACGGUUUCAGUUGUUGCAGUUAGCAUUAGUCAAUUUUAUCUAAUGUGACAAAUGCUAACUUUUGUGGUUUCAGUGGCAACAAUUAGCAUUAGCCAAUUAAAAUUUAGCAUUUGUUAAGUAAAUUUUAUGUAGUGUAACUAACAGUUAUGGUUUUAGUAGUAGCACUUAGCAUUAGUCAAGUCAGUCUUAUCUAACAUGAUUAAUGCUAACUGCUAUGGUUUCAGCAGUAGCGGUUAGCAUUAACGUUAGUUAAGUAAGUUUUAGCUAAUGUGACUAAUGCUAACUGCUGUGGUUUCAGUAGCAGUAGUUAGCAUUAGUCAAGUAAAUUUUAGCUAAUGUGACUUAUGCUUACGAUUAUGGUUUCAGUAGUAACAGUCAGCAUUAGUCAGUUAAAUUUUAUCUAACGUGAUUAAUGCUAUUAUGGUUUCAGCAGUAGCUGUUAGCAUUAUUCAAGUAAAUUUUAUCUAAUGUUACUGAUGCUAACUGUUAUGGUUUCAGUAUUAGCAGUUAGCACAUGUCAAGUCAGUUUCAUCUAACAUGUUAAAGGCUAACCGUUAUGGUUUCAGUUGUUGCGGUUAGCAUGAGUCAAUUUUAUCUAAUGUGACAAAUGCUAACUUUUGUGGUUUCAGUGGCAACAAUUAGCAUUAGCCAAUUAAAAUAAAAUUAAAAUUUAGCAUUUGUUAAGUAAAUUUUAUGUCGUGUAACUAAUGCUAACAGUUAUGGUUUUAGUAGUAGCAGUUAGCAUUAGUCAAGUCAAUCUUAUCUAACAUGAUUAAUGCCAACUGCUAUGGUUUCAGCAGUAGCGAUUAGCAUU